AUGCCUGAGGAAAUUCGGAGGGUCGCAGUCAUUGGCGCCGGCCCGGCUGGAGCCAUCGCAACGGACGCUUUGGUGAAGGAACAGGCGUUUGAUGUUGUACGCGUCUUCGAACGGCGCGACUUGGCUGGAGGGACAUGGGUCUACACUCCGGAACUGCCACCCCGGAUCCCUUCCUUGCGCGCAUUAGUCAAACAACGCGCAAAUGCGCCGAUUGAAAUCCCUCAAAGCUUCCCUACAGAAACUCCGAGAUCCGAAAAGAACAACUCUCACCAAUUACGGUAUUCGGACACGGGUAUUCAUGAGACGCUGCACAGUAAUAUCACUCCCGAAAUCAUGGCGUUUACGCAGGAGCCGAUACCUCAGGUCCUAUCCGAUCGAACAUUGGCACAAUAUGGCCCGGGCGCUCCAUUCAGACAUCGAGAAUUGAUAAGAGAAUGGGUCGAGGGAAUUUUCACUCGAGGAGGGCACGAUAAGUUGAUUGAGUUCAGCACCACGGUUGAACUUGCAGAAAAAAGGGGUGACGAAUGGGUCCUCACGUUGCGAAAGGUUGUACCCGGAAAGUCGAAGGACUACUGGUGGCAAGAAACUUUCGAUGCAGUGGUUGUGGCAUCAGGUCACUUUUACUUGCCUCAUAUCCCCGAAAUCCCCGGUCUUGUCGAAUUCAACGAGAAAUUUGCAGGCAGAAUCAAGCAUAGCAAGCAUUUCCGUGACCCGGAAGAGUUCCGAGGAAAAAAAGUUAUUGUUGUCGGCGGCUCCGUGUCUGCGUUUGAUGCGCUCCACGAUAUUCGGCUGGUGUCUCAAAAGCCGGUCAUUGCAUCACUUAGAGAACCCCUGGCCGCAUUCGGGUGGGCGCCCUUUACGCACCCCGAUAUCACGAUCAAGCCGCAGAUCACUAGUUUCUGUCCAAAAAGUGGGCGCAUCACGUUCAGCGAUGGAAGUACCGUGGAUGAAGUUGACACUGUCGUCUUUGCAACCGGUUAUGACUUCAGCUUCCCAUUCUUGCCCAAGCAGAAGGUGGAGAAUAGACGAGUGCCGGGACUUUACCAGCAUGUCUUCAAUAUCGACGACCCAACCCUUGCAUUUGUUGGGAUGGUCACGGGCGGCUUUACUUUCCGCGUCUUUGAGUGGCAAGCCGUUGCAGCGGCACGAGUCUUGGCGAGCCGCGGGAAAUUGCCCCCUCGAAUUGAGCAAGAAAAGUGGGAGAAGGAGAGGUUGAAGUACAAGGGUGAUGGCAUUCCCUUCUUCACUCUGUCGCCCGACUUCGAACAAUACUUUGAAGCAUUGCGGGCAAUCGCCGGCGAGCCUGUGCAAGGAACUACAGGCAGAUUGCUGCCAAAGUUCGACCCUAAAUGGCUUGAAGCGUUUUCUGAAGUUAUCAACGCCAGGGUUGAGUGGUGGAAGAAGGAGACAAAGAAGGCAGAAGAGCAAUUAAAGCUUGAGUUUAAGUCGAAGCUGUAG